UAUUUUAUAAGAAAAAUGCAAUUCGUGAUUAAUACUACUAUUAAGGGAGAAGUAGUUCUUUACAGAGGGAGAAGUUAUUCUGUACGAAGGGAUCGAUAGUGACUCGUCAGGCAUGCUGCUCCGAGUCAUCACCGUUUGGACCGCUAUGCAGUCUUUUUUAAGCCAAAUGUUCGCCGGGUUCUACGUAUUGCACUAUAAAUACAGUUUAAGUAUCUAUAUUUGAGUCAAUGUAGUUCUUCCAAGGUUUGGGAAGAUAUUAAGAUAUAGUAAAUUAAAGAUUAAAGAGAGAGAUGGGAAGUUUGCAGCAGCAGCAAGGUAGUGAUAUUACACUUCCUCAAUCGUGGGAUGGUGGAAGCAACCGCAUAGCUUCUAUCAAUGUGGAGGGAACCAACCCACAAUCCUUCUCUGGUAACAACAGCAAACGUUUUGAUCAUGAUGACCCAAAACAUGAUCAGAGACCUGGAUGGAGAAAGUUCUUGUCAUUUGUAGGCCCUGGUUUCCUUGUCUCAAUAGCUUAUCUUGAUCCUGGCAACCUGGAAACUGAUUUGCAAGCAGGAGCCAACCAUAGAUUUGAGCUACUGUGGGUGCUUUUCAUUGGAUUAGUCUUUGCUCUCGUAAUCCAGGUUCUUGCAGCUAAUCUUGGAGUCAGCACUGGCAAGCACCUAUCAGAAUUGUGCAGGGAGGAGUACCCAAAAGUGUUGAAGUAUUGCCUAUGGUUAUCUGCAGAAGUAGCUGUCAUAUCUGCUGAUAUACCUGAAGUUAUUGGGACAGCCUUUGCACUAAAUAUACUGUUUCACAUCCCUGUGUGGGUUGGUGUUCUCUGCACUGGUUUGAGCACUCUCCUCCUCCUUGGCCUGCAAAGAUAUGGGGCAAGGAAGCUGGAAAUGUUCAUAGCAGUGAUGAUAUUAGUAAUGUCUGGAUGUUUUUUUGGGGAAAUGGGUUACGUAAAACCUCCGGCAUCUGGUGUGAUUAAGGGCAUUUUUGUGCCUAACCUAGCAGGCCAACAAACCACUGGGGACGCCAUUGCUCUCAUGGGCGCCAUUGUUACGCCGCACAAUCUCUUUCUCCACUCCGCUCUCGUGCUCUCCAGAAAAGUAUCCAAUUCUGUCAAAGGCAUCAAUGCUGCCUGUAGAUAUUUCUUGAUAGAGACUGGUUUAGCCAUGCUUACGGCGUUUUUUAUCAAUUUAGCGGUUGUCUCUGUGUCGGGCACCGUCUGUGCAGCGGAUAAUCUUUCGAGUGACAACCAAGAUCGUUGCAACAAUAUUGACCUUGAUUCUGCUUCUUUUCUGCUUAAGAAUGUGUUAGGAAAGUCUAGCUCGAUCCUUUAUGGCACUGCACUUCUUGCCUCGGGACAAAGCUCUACCAUUACAGGCACUUAUGCAGGACAAUUUAUCAUGCAGGGUUUCUUGAAUAUUAAAAUGAAGAAAUGGGCGAGGAAUUUGAUGACCAGGAGCAUUGCUAUUACACCUAGUCUUGUAGUGGCCAUCAUUAGUGGACCUCAAGGUGCCGGAAGACUAAUCAUCAUUGCAUCGAUAAUUCUUUCAUUUGAACUACCAUUUUCUCUGAUCCCACUUCUAAAAUUCAGUAACAGCUCAGCCAAGAUGGGACCACACAAGAAUUCCAUAUUUAUCAUUGUGAUUUCAUGGAUUUUAGCCCUUGGAGUCUUCGCCAUCAACAUCUAUUUCCUAUCCACCUCCUUUGUAAGUUGGUUGAUUCACAGUCAUUUAUCAAAAGUGGGGAAGGUAUUCAUAGGAAUCAUUGUAUUUCCUAUAAUGGCAAUCUACAUCCUGGCAAUCAUCUAUUUGGCCUUCCGAAAAGAUACUGUUGUAACAUAUACGGUGUCCGGAAAUAAUGACCCAGCUGCCCAAGCUCGAUUGGAAAAUGGGCCAGGCAACCCUGACAGGUCCUUCGAGGAUGACGAUAUUCCUUACAGAGAGGAUUUAGCUGACAUCCCACUGCCAGAGUAAGUGGUUUCUGAUCUUUCAAAUCAAGUUUAACGAGCUGCUAAGCAUUUUAAAG